AUGGACUCCAUGCCCCCAUCUCAACCUGUUCAGACAAGAAAUACCACACUUUUCUCCAACGCGGAUGGAUCUGCUAUACGCCUCUUUGCAGACCUCUGGGGCAUUCCACAUCGUGCUAAACUCGCGAAGACCUUCAAAAACCAUGGCGGCGUGAUUUCAGCCGAUCCCCGCGAGGCUCAAAUCAUCCUGGUCGAUUCGCAGACAGCAGAAGGCCGUCAGCUCAUUCGCGAUUGGGGCGCCGAUGCGAACAAAACAAUCCUGGAAUACACGUGGGUGAGGAAGUCUGUGGAAGCGGGAAAACCGUUGUUGGGCGAUGAACAAUGGGGCGACUGUUUGACUCAUGACGAUGGGCAGCCUCUUGGGAGUACUGCGGACGCAGAGGAUGACGGAGAGAUUCCCAAUCCAUUACCUACACCACGCGAUACGCCUGAUGAGCCUCCACGGUCUCGUCUACCUACAUCGCACACUGAGCCUUCUUCGUCAAUCCCAACUCUUCAGAAUGGCUCAGCAUCGAUGAUGCCACCGCCAAAUCCAGUUCCUUCAACGAACCAACAACCCGCCACUACAACGGCUACACCACCUCCGCCAACUCAAAUCCCCGCUGGUGCAUCUCCGGUCAAUGGCAUUAAUCCGUAUGCUCAAAUGCAAUAUCCUAUGCAAAUGGGUCCAAUGGCGAACAUGAUGUCUUCACAAAUGUCCCAGAUGACUCCGGUGCAACAGCAGCAAAUGUUUGCUGCUCUGAUGGCCGGCCAGGCUGGUUUCCCCUUCCAACCCCAAUUUACCAGUGCCCAGCCGCCGAAUAAUGCAUUUUCCAUCGCCUUUAUGGACACACUGAAGAUGAAUGUGAUGGGACCAUGGUCAGGAACACAAUUACCGACAGGGUCUCAGAUGCAACAUGCGCCUGCUGAGGGGCCUCCACAAAUACCGCAGACCAAUUUGCCCUACCCGUCAACAGCGUCGGAGUCGUCGACAAUUCGUUCCAGCACCACGGACACGAUGGCAGACGCUUCCCCCAUUCUUGGUCUUGAGUCUGCAAUGUCAAGACAGGGAAAAAGACCAUCCAAUACAUAUAUAUCAAUAAAAGGAAAGGCCAAGGAAAGGUCGACACCUGUGACACCGCAGAGAAAGGAUUCAUAUCGGUUCUCUCCUUUAUAUGAUUUCGACACGGGUCCUUCUUCAUCCGAAAAAUUAUUUACUUGGAGAGGUAGAGCAUUGUGUUUCUACGUUCAAAUCGACUUGUUCAAUCGGAGUGCAUCCGUGAAUCCAAUCAAGAAAAACGGAGGUACAAUUGUUGCCAACCAGGAGGCAGCGGACUACGUGAUCUUGUAUGGGGCUAGUAAAAACCAGAAAUCGUUCAAUGAACUCCUCAAGGCUUCUCAAGUGGCAGGCAAAGUUGCACUGCAAGCCAAGUUUGUCCAUGAUUGUGUGGAACAAUAUAGGCUACUCGACCCGACGCCUUACCUCUAUGGACCUAUGGCUAAGCGUAAAAGAAAGCGUUCCACCUCGGUAGCAUCUGCAGCAGAUGAUGUCUCAGAGGACGAGGAUGACCCCGAAGCAAGGGCAAAGGAGGAGAAGCGGCUGAAAAAGAAUCAAAAAGAAGCUGAAAGGAGGCAGAAAAUGAGGCAGCAGCAGUCCCACACCAAACCAGCAAGCCAGGUUUCAAAGCCUGCAAGUUCUGCGUCUACGUCCACGAAGGCACCAGGACCCAAACCGUCACCAAAGAAGAGGACAUCCUCGGGUAAAAAAGCAGUGCCCGUUGGCCCUCGGCCACCAACCCCACCUCCAGAACACACCCGACAGCCUUGGGCAUCUGGUUUCAGGUUUUCGCCUAUUGAGGACGAAUAUGCGCUGCUUUACGCAAAAGUACUUCUAGAUCAUGACCGCACAACAUCUAUGAAUGCGGUUGCCACAGCGCUACACAGACAGAUGCCACAUCAUAGUCUUGCCUCUUGGAGGAGUCACUUCCAGUCGUCGUUCUCGGCACAAUUUGACCAAAUGCGAAAGCGUGCUGGCAUAGCCUAUAGAAAGGCCCUGGGCCAAAAAGAGUCUGAACCUCCAGUUGCCUCAACGUCUGCUGCGUCUGAUGUGGAAGAGCUGCCGCCACCUUCUGAGUCUCCUGAUAUACAAGACAGUUACUUCCAGACACAGGAAUACCAGGGGGACCUAGAAGACGACAUCCAAGCUGUUGUCCGCUUUUUCGUCGAGGGCAAUGAUGACGAUAAAACUAAGGCAGAAAACGAAGUAUGGGCUCGAUUGGAGGAGAAGACUCGUUGCAAAACUGCAAGCCGAUGGGAAGAGUUCUACCAGCACCAUUACGACGAGGUUCUGAGACGGUACCAAGAAGCGGCAACAAACCCAGAGUCUUAA